CUAGUAUCUCCAUUCUAAAGCAGAAAGGAGUAGCAGACUCUGAACCAGACUGAGACUCUUCACACCUCGCUAUGAUCUGCUGUCUGUUAUUAACUCUGUUCGCUGUGGUGUCAGCGGACCGGCUGCCCCGCAGCUGCGGCACCUGCGACCCGAGUACGUGCGCGCCUCUUCCGGCCGAGGGCUGCUCCUCCGAGACGCUGCUGGACGCGUGCGGCUGCUGCAAGCUCUGCGCGUCCGGGGUGGGAGAGCCGUGCGGGGGAAGCGGAGACUCAGCCAAGCGCUGCGCGUCCGGACUCGAGUGCGUCAAGAGCGACAAAGACAAGAAAAGUAAAUCAGGGGCCUGGGUCUGCGAAUGCAAGAGCAACUAUCCCGUGUGCGGCACUGACGGCGUGAACUAUAAAAGCGGCUGUGAGCUGAAAGAAGCAAGUGUGAAAGCAGUGAAGGAGAAAAAACCCGAGAUUAAGAUUAAGAACAAGGGCGAAUGCGCUCAAGCACCACUUAUUGUAACAGCUCCGGGAGAGAUCUGGAAUGUGACCGGCUCACAGGUCUUCCUAAGUUGUGAAGCCACCGGGAUACCCACACCUGUGCUCACCUGGAGAAAGGUAUCUAUUAACAAAGAAAAUACUCUUCCACUCCCUGGAGACAAAGAGAACCUGGCCGUCCAGACUCGCGGAGGUCCGGAAAAGCACGAGGCUACUGGCUGGGUGCUUAUAUCUCCACUUACCAAGGAUGAGGACGGCUCCUACGAGUGUCACGCCAGCAACAUCCAGGGUGAAGCAUCGGCUGUGGGCACCAUUCAUGUGGUGGAUUCCAUCAUUGACAUUCCACACAAGAAGGGGAAGGAUGCCGAGCUGUAAGAGGACAUGGCCUCUGACUGAGAUGUUGAAACACUACACCUGUGCACUGAUGACAAGCAUCUAGCACAAUCAAUCACUGCUCUCUCACACCGCCUGAACCACAAACAGCAGCUCGCACAUGGGCACUUUAUUCUAUAGAAGCUGUUCAGAGACACAGAUAUACACUUUACCUCACUCUACAGUUAGUCUGCCCACAUAACUUCAAUACUGUAAAUCUCUAACCGGGAUUACCAUCAGAUUGAUUUUUUGUAAAGAUACACGCACUUAUAC